CUACGAGUACGGAGUAAUUCGAUGGCCAUUGAUGAUUGAUAUCCUGGUCGCGUGUUGGAUACCCGGAUUUUUCCUCUUGGGGCCAUGACUUCGACCAGAUUGAUCUGGCCGUGUUACUACAGACGAUCGUGCUCAAGAAUGUUUGACAUCAGCACAAAGAACGCUUCGCCGCACACUGGACGAGAGCAGAUUGGCACCGACAACACGGCGGCGGCACCUCCAUCCCCAUGGCAAGCUUUGACUGCUUGGACCUCCUCCAGGGGUUCCCCCGUACACCACACGAUACUUUCCACAGAUGCCGCAUCUCCCCGCCAAGGCUUCCCAACUUAAUUGUGAACGACUCAACGGUGGUUCAUCAUUUCUUCGGAAACGCAAAAAAAGAAGACAACUCUAUACGCCGUGAUCUGUCCGCCUGAGGCUGAA